AUGCUUACAAUUUUAUACAGCAAGAUGCUCGAGGGAUCAGCUGAGAUCACGAAGACUGUUCAUCAAUUUGAGGACAGCUGGAUCACUGCUGGCGGCCCAGUCCGACCUGAGCAAGGCACACUGGCUGCGCGUCCUGUCUAUGGUACCAAGGGAAGGCAGAUCACCGUGCGUGCCAACUACUUCAGUAUGGACUUGAAUCCGAAGGUCAAGAUUCACUCCUACAUCGCCAAGAUUUCUCCGGAACCGAAGCCCAAGCGGCAUCUGCUGGAGCUUUGGGACAAGAUCCUUGCACACCCGAACAUCGUGAGAAUUGGUGCUGCCUCAGACAAAGCCACCGAGCUGAUCACUUUGGGAAACCUUGGGAAUGUGCCUACCCUCACCUUCAAACUCAAGGACAAAGACAAGCACAAAGAAUACUCGGUCAAGCUAGAAUUGAACACUGUGAUCGAUCAUAACAAGAUCAUUGCUAAACUCAAAGACACUACACUGCGGACCCCAGAUGAAGGCGAGGCUGUUAUGGUCCGGGCCCUGAAUAUUCUCAUGGCCGCUCAUCCUGGAAAAGACGGUGGUAUUACUACUCUUGGCAAAGGUAGCAAUAACAAGUUUUUCUGGAUCGACGGUCGUCAACAGUCCUCCAAUCUCUUCGGAGGACUCGAGUGUAUUCGUGGUUACUACGCAAGUGUGCGUCUUACUGCUAGCGGUGUCCAACUCAACCUGAGUGUCAAUCACAGUGCGUUCUACCGUCCUGGCCCGCUGGUCGAUCUGUGGAAUGCAUUCUGUGCGGAAACACAGGACGUCAGGCCCGAUCAACAACUUCUGCUCUUCAGCAGAUACGUGAGGAUGCUUCGGGUUGAGUGCACGCACCUUAGUGAUGAGACUGAAAAAGGAAAGAUUCCUCGUAUCAAGACCAUCUGGGCCCUUGCGGACAAAGAGGAUGGACGGAAAGAAAAACAUCCACCCAGAGUCAAAGAUUUUGGAGCUGACGCUCACAGCGUUGAAUUCCACGAUGGUAAUAGCUACAUCGCCGUUGCCAACUACUUCAAAAAUGUGCACAAUGUGACCUUGAAACAUGGAGACAAGCCCGUGGUGAACGUCGGCAACAAAGAGAGACCUGAAUACCUCCCCAUGGAUGUCUUGAAAAUUCCUCGUGGUCGGGUCUUCCGCGGCGAAUUGUUGCUGAAACAGCGCCAGAAUAUCAUCACCUUCAGUUGCCGGAAGCCCCCAGAGAAUUACGACUCGAUCACCACCCACGGCCUCGAGAUCACCGGAGUGAAGAAUGACCACACAAUGAAGCUCGGAAUAAAAGUGUCCUCCGAAAUGGGUGUCGUCCCGGCUCGAAUUCUCAACGCCCCCAACUUGAAGUAUGGAAAUGGCAAGGAGACUCCCAGAGGGGGCUCGUGGAAUUUGCGCGGCAGGAAAUUUACCAUUGGCUGCAAAGUGAGAACGUGGGCUGCUGUCGUGAUCACAAAUGAGAAACAGAAGGGAUAUCCGCGCAGUGAUCCUAUGCCAGAAUUCCGGCGAUUUGAAAGAAAGAUGAGGGAGUUGGGCAUGGAUGUGCAAGGCUUGAUUCCCACGGUCCUGACCAUUAAGCUGGAUAAACUUCAGCCAAAAGAGCGGCUCUUGCAGAUCAACGAGAUGUUCUCCAAACUGAAACAAAAGAAUGUUGAGCUUGCAGUCAUCCUCAUUCCAGCUUCGGAGGACCGGGUGUUUGAUCAUCUCAAAUGGCGUGGAGAUACUAUGGAUGGCAUCAUGACUCACUGCUGUGCUAUGACAAAGUUCUGGCCGACUGACCGCGAUGCUGAGAAUGCUCAGUACCACGCCAACAACGCGAUGAAGGUCAAUCUUCGCUUUGGAGGAGUCAACCAGACUCUCGAAAUGCCUGCAUCCUCUCCACUGAUUGCGGCAGGGAAGACUAUGGUUGUUGGCCUUGAUGUGACCCACCCCUCUCCUACGGAUCCCGAUACAUUCCCAAGCAUUGCUUCCAUUGUCGCCAGCACCAAUGCGCUUAUGGGACAAUGGCCUGGUCAGGUCAGGAUCCAGGAGCGCCGCAGGGAGAAUGUCCAAUUCUUGGAGGAGAUGUUGAAGGCACGUCUUCAGCGUUGGAAGGUUGAUAACAAGGGACAACUACCCGAGAAUAUUCUGAUCUUCCGUGACGGUGUUAGUGAAGGUCAGUAUGAGAUGGUUCUCAGAGACGAGCUGGGGGACGUCCAAAAAGCCUUCAAGUCGGUGUAUGGGGAUAAAAAACAGCCCAACGUCACUAUCCUGGUUGGUGGCAAGCGUCAUAACACACGGUUCUUCCCGACGACUUCGAAGGAUAUGGAUGGAAGAUCGAACUGCUUCAAUGGAACUGUGGUUGAUCGAGGUAUUACCCGCCCUAUCUACUGGGAUUUCUACCUCCAGGCGCAGGCUCCGCUGCAGGGUUCGGCUCGUUCCGCUCACUAUGUCGUUAUCCAUGAUGAGAUCUUUAGAAACCCAAGCUUGAAACGUGAAGUUGGACCCAACGCCUCGGACGCCAUCCAGGAACUGACCCACAACAUCUGUUACAUGAUGGGCCGCUGCACUCGCUCAAUCAGCUACAGCACUCCUGCUUUCCUAGCGGAUCGAUUUGCUGAUCGUGCUCGUAAGUACGUUCGUGCUUAUUACUGGGAGCACCAGGUCGUCCGUGGAAAAUUCUUUCCUCCACCUCCUUCGAAAGACGUCACAAACUUGGCUCGAAACCUUGCGGAGACUAUGGUCUACAUUUGA